CUGAUUAAAGUGACGGACUCCGCUCUACUGUACCCAAAUCUCACUAUCUUAUUUCUCCCCGCUCUUCCCUUCUCAGUUGCACUGCUGUCUGCCCCAGCAUUUGAGGACAGUACGCUAGGAGAAGAAUAAAUUUUUUGUAACUGUAGCAUUAAUGGUUGAGGUAUGGUGGUCCCUGCUCGGGGCUGCUAUUCCUGCUGUUAUUGCUGGUCAAGCUUUCCGACUGAAGAGGAAGCGCUCGGAGGAGCAAAGAAUCAAAAGUGCUCGGGGCAGGGAAAAGAGUGCCGAUGAUAUAUUUGUGUGUGAGAGAGUUUGCACGUCGAAGAGAAUGUUGAAGAAAGUCGGCGCAUUCUCAAAGGAUCCAAUCCCGGAUACAUGUGUUACAGUAUGUGGUGUUUCUGAACUUGAUGCUUGUUCUGAUGCCUGUGCUCGUACGGUCUGUGUCAAUCAACAUCAAGUCCCCAACUGGAACGAUGUCUGCCUUCGUAGAUGUCAAAGUGAAUGUCUUAAACUCUCUGCUUCUCGUUCUUCGUAGUCUAUUUUUAUGUCAGAAAUGUGGUUUCUCUUUGUACGCUAUAUUGAAUUAUGGAAUCCUCGCCAUAUUUUAGCGGAUUAAUAUUUUCUGUGUCAAGCAAUUAGGGAAAUUUCUGCGUGUUUUGAACUUGAUUUACUUAGUUCAGAAUGAUUUGAAGUGAUC